AGGGGCUCGAAACAGUUUCGUCGCAGUUCUCCAACGGUACAGAGGUGCAAUCGCUUAAAUUUCGCAAAAAACAAUCACUACCCAAUUAUUAAAUAGUUGCUAACAAGCUCAAAAAUGUUGCAAUAUCUUAUAGUUGCCUUGGCACUUAGUGCCACCAUCUGUUCGGCUGCUCAAACGCGUAAUAUGCCCAUUCAAGCUAUAGCCUAUCUGAUCGGACCUGUGCAAUCAGAUAAUAGCCAGGUCAAGGGCAACGUGACCUUUACCCAGAACGACUGCGGUCAGAAUGUCCAUGUGCGCGUCCAGCUGGAGGGUUUGAAGGAGGGAAAGCAUGGCUUCCACAUUCAUGAGAAGGGAGAUCUGACCAAUGGAUGCACCAGCAUGGGUGCCCAUUACAAUCCUGAUAAGGUUGACCAUGGUGGUCCCGAUCACGAGGUGCGUCACGUUGGUGAUCUGGGCAACCUAGAGGCCAACUCCUCGGGCAUCAUCGACAUCACAUACACGGAUCCGGUGAUCACUCUUACUGGCAAACUGGCAGUCAUUGGCAGGGGAGUUGUUGUCCACGAAUUGGAGGAUGAUCUGGGCCUGGGCAACCACACGGAUUCCAAGAAGACUGGCAAUGCAGGCGGUCGCAUUGCCUGCGGUGUUAUUGGCAUCAACUCGGAUGUGGACGAGUGGCCAUGUCGCGAUGGUGGCGCCGGCGCCCUACGCUAUUCCUUCUCCAUCCUGACCAUAAUCGUUGCCAUCUUUAUGGCCCGCAGCCUCGACUAACCUAACAACUGCACCUGCACGGAUUUUGGAUCGAAUGAGAGCAUGUGGCAUGGGAGACUAUUUGGUCAUCGUAGAGAUCUGCAUCCCCAACUUACAUACUAAUCACAACACCAUUGGUCAGUCACACACCCACAACAUACCACCCAAGUAAUUAUAAUACUCCAGCCACGACAACAGCAUUAUCCACCCGAAAUAGUUAAAUCUGAGGAACUAACUUAGCUACUUGUAUUAUGUUUGAGUUGAUUGAUAAUAAAAUUUGUUAUUUGUA